UUUGACUCGCGCUUGCUAGCAUGACCCGGCUGUGGCUUCAGUUUAGCAAUGCAGCCACACAAUACACAUAAUAAGUAACUGAUGUCAGCACAGCGGGGGAUCCACAUUGACAAACAUGUUGUCCGUUGUGUUUACAACCGUAAAACUCAGAAACGUUUUCUUUGUAGACGGACAAGUUGCGCCUGCGCCGUGAUCCUCCGUUUUCCCCAGCUUGAGGUAUGUUGUUGCUUCGCUUGAAAACCAGCAGCUGCUGCACAGAGCAGAGGCGCAGGCAAAGUGCAACAUCAGAGCGAUUCACACGGACAAGACAAGACGACAGUCCGGGGCCGUGGAUCAUAGAGGAGCUCACAUCUGUUAAUAUGGAGUCAUUUGUGCCUGUGGUGUAACCCUGAGGAGUGGUUUCAUGUGGAAGACGCUCCCUGCCGUGUAUUUUGGAUGAUCUCCCACAGCCAGGUCCACGUAUUGAGAUGAUCUAUUUUUGUGAUGGCGAAGGGUCUGUUUCCACGGGCCUGGGUGAAAAAGUCUUUCUACUUCCAGGCUCGGAUCUCCUUUGUGCGGGUGAAGUACCUGUUUCUCACAUGGCUGACUGUGCUGGUGGGGAGCUGGGUGCUCUAUGUGCAAUACUCCGCCUACACAGAGCUGUGCAGAGGACACGAGUGCAAGAACGCCAUUUGUGAUAAAUACAGGAAGGGAAUCAUCGAUGGCUCUGCCUGCAGCAGUCUGUGUGACAAAGAAACACUCUACAUGAGCAGGUGUCUGUCAACACUGCCAAAUAACCAGGUGUACACAGGAAGCUGGGGAGACCACGAUGGGAUCAUUCGCUGUAAGUUGGGGGAGGUCGUGCACUAUGAGCUGGGCGAGGAGCCAGAGCCACGGAGAGAAGCCCCCGUGUUCGACAAGCCCACCAGAGGCACGUCGGUGGAGAAGUUCAGAGAGAUGGUCUUUAAUCACCUCAAGUCCAAGCUUGGAGAGCAGGCUAACCUCGCCAGCCUUGUCAGCCAGAUCCUCUCUGUCGCCGAUGGCAACAAAGAUGGACGGGUGUCACUGCCAGAAGCCCGCUCUACAUGGGCCCUCCUGCAGAUGGAUGAGGUGCUGCUGGGCUUGCUGCUCCAAGACCGUGGACACACUCCUCGCCUCCUUGGCUACUGCGGGGACAUGUACAUGACAGAGCGAGUCCCCUACGGGCCUCUGUAUGGUCUGUCUCUACCCUGGCCGCUUGUAUCCUGGGUGCCCAGCGGCGUGCAGCGCACUAUGGACCAAUGGUUCACGCCCUCAUGGCCUCGCAAAGCCAAGAUCUCCAUGGGCCUCCUGGAGCUGGUGGAGGACAUCUUCCAUGGCACCUACGGCAGCUUUCUGAUCUGCGACCUUGCCGCGGCGCACUUCGGCUACACCGACCGCCAUGAGCUCCGCCUGACUAACACCCGAGCAGUGGUUCCUGAGGACGAAUUCAAACGCACCAUGCGGGUGCUGAAGUGUGAGACAGAUGCUGACUGUGUGUACGGGGUGGACUGCCAGACGUCAUGUGACGUGUCAGAGAAACGGUGCAGGGAGGAGCCAGCUCAGCCGAACUUGGCGAAGGCUUGCAGUGCACUGAAGGAUUACCUCCUGCGUGGGGCGCCGACAGCACUGAGAGAGGAGCUCGAGAGGCAGCUGUACGCCUGCAUGGCUCUCAAGGGCAAUGCUGGACAGAUGAACAUGGAGCACUCACUUAUUCUCAACAACCUGAAAGCUCUGCUAUGGAGACAGAUCUCACACACCAAGGACUCAUGACGAGGACAGGAAGUCCUUCUGGAAUUUUGCCAGUCAGUUCCUCCCACGGAGCUGAGUAUUACAGAUGCUGUGAUUUAGGAAUAGCAAAUUUAAUGAAGUAGUUUUUAUCAACUCUUAACACUUAUGAAUGGUGAGACCAAUGGAGACUCUACCUCCUCUAUCCCUGUCUCAGACGUUUGGGGCCUGGAAAACACGUCCGAGUACUUUGAAUUAUAAGACUUAAAUAAACUGAAUGAUUGCAUGUUGCCAUCAGUCACACUUAAAACACUUCAUGCAGCCACAUUGUGUUGUAUUGUUCACCACAGUGGAAUGUUUCAGGGGCACUGCUGGAAAAACAACUCGUAAACAGAUUUUACUGUUGUUCGUCUCGAGAGCUGAGAGAACAAAUUGCUGUUUUUGCCACAAAAUCAUGAAGAUAUUUACAUGUUUGGGAAAAUCAGUGAGUGUUAAAGUUUAAUGAAGCUACACAAUUUUAAGAUAGGCUCCUUAAUUUUGUUAUGUUGAGGUUGCUACUGAGCACCGUGACACAGUCAGUGAGUGUACGUUUGAAGGAUAAGACUGAUGAUAUUCUAGAUUUUUAUUUCUAGCAAAUCCCAUGAAAAGACCAAAACCAACAGUGCAUCAGUUCAUCUUAGUACCGCCUGAUUUUGACUACACCGCCUCUGGCACAUAGCCCCAAGACCAUUAGUGCCUACUGAAGGUAUUAAUUUUUAAAAACAGGUUACAGAUUUAUACCUUAUUUUUUUCUAAAUGAAAUGAUUUCCUUAUACAGUUUAGCACUGUAUUUUUUAGCAAAGGUUACCCAAACAGUAGUAAACAGCACAGCUGCAGGUUAAGACACCUUUGGUGCACUAAUGAGUAUUUACUAGGGCUGGGUAUUGUUUAACAAGCGUAAAUUCGCAAUAGCUGCAACCACAUAUGUCCAUGCGUUCACACACACAACCUGACAAACAGUUGUCACUAGUCCAAUGAUCCCUCACUACGACAAUAAGUUAAUCAGUUAUGAAAGGGAAUGUGGCCAAAUGGUGUGUGUGCUUUUGUCUUUCUAUAAAGUUUGGUCAUGUUUCAUGAGUCCGUUUUGGAGUCAUAAGCCUUUUUGGUAUAGGACCCCUUCACUCUAAUGGAAUGAGAAGCUGAUCAGCUGUCCUUUGGCUCAUGAGCAAUCCCGCACACACACAUUUCAGUUGCCAAAGGGUGAGGAAAGGUUUUGUCGACUGACCAUCUGAUUGACUGAUCAACCUAUGGAGCUGGUGGUUGCAGCUAAAACUUACAAUACCAGUAACAAUCCUAGCACCCUUAAAGCACUGGUUCCCAACUGGUGGGUCGCAGGUCCAUUCUGAAUGGACCGCAAGUGACUUGCAAAUGUGUCACGUUCGAUGAAAAAACACUCUUUAUUUUAGAGUACAGUGAAUUCCCGGCACAGAGCUUUUAUUUUGAACUGCUGUUUCCUGCUGUAGAGUGAGUGACUAAAAGACAGCUACUUGACAGCAAACGAGCUCAACGACAUGACCAAACGCAAGUAUGACGCUGAAUGUAUUAAACUGUGGGGACCUUGAACUAAUGACAAAGGAGAAAUCUGGACCCCAUGGGUGGAUCAGUUGGGAACCACUGCUUAAAGUGAUAUCGAUACCAACACCACUUCAUGCGAUACCCGUUGUGUGAAUGGAAGCAAUCAGUUGCGUAAAAUGCCACCAGAUACCACAAGCGUGUUAUAGUCAUACUUUAGAACGUUGUGGCCCCUCAGCAUGCUGAACUGCCAACUCUAUUGAAUACUUGACCACAGCAUAUACUACAUGAGCUGUAGUUGCUGUGGUAGUGGGCCAAUCACAUGUCGCAUUAAAUCAAAGAGCACUUGUGGUGAUUGGCUGCAAGCAAUACAACACAAACAGUCUUUUAUUUUUAGAUCUGGGUACAAAAAUGAUCGGAAUCAGGUAUCGUUUGACAGGACAAGUUUAGAUACUACUUGGUAUUGGAUUAUUUCGGUCAAUACCUAAAAGGGACAGUUCACCCCAAUAUCAAAAAUACAUAAUUUUCCUCUUGUAGUGCUGUUCAUCAAGCUACAUUGUUUUGGCGUAAGACAAAAAUCUUUAGAAAAGGGAAGUAAUUAUAGAUAAAAUAGUGAGUGGACCUUUGAGACUUUCAAGAGGAUAGCAAGUGAACUGGACGUUCAAAAUGUGUCAGAGUUCGUCAAAUAUGAAGAAUACAGUUUCCAAUAAUGACAGACUGAUGAAUAAACAUUUACUGGAGUCUCACUGAAGUCAUUUCAGUUACAGAACUUUCUUAUUCCCAGAAAACUUUCAAGAAAUCGAGAAAUCAUUAUGAAAUCAUGGAUCGGUAAAACAAAGCAUUACCCAGAAUUUUUCUUUUAUUUUACAUUUACUGUGUCCUUUAUUGUUGGAGAUAUCGGCCAUAGAGAUGUCUGCCUUCUCUCUGAUAUAAUGGGACUAGAUGGUGCUCAGCUUGUGGUGCUCAAAUUUUUGGUUUGUUUCUUUGUUUGCGCUUUGAGCACCACAAGCCAAGUGCCAUCUAGUUCCAUUAUAUUGGCGGGAAGGCAGACAUCUCUACGGCCAAUAUCUCCAACACUCAGCGACUCACACCCAAACAAUCUAGAUAGAUAAAUACCACUACAGGUAAGAGGGACAGUUGCGGUGAACUGUCCUUUUUAAAGGUAUUAAAUGCCAAUACCCAGCCCUACCAUCUACAGCAGUAGGACAGUGUGUGCGGUAUCAAACUACUACGCCUAAGUUCCUCAUAAAAAUGGACCAUGUCAUCCAGUGCAGCAGUUUGAGAAACCUUUUUAGGCUGUGUCUACGCUGGAAUUACAUAAAGAUGAAUUAAGUGUUGGUUUGUGUCUUUUCAGGGGUAUAGCUGACAAUAGUUAAAAUGUAGAAUAUCAAGACUUUGCCUUUAACAAGCACAGAUUCUUGACAAACUGAAGGAAAAACUUUUAUAAAUUGGUGGAGAAAUAUAACAGUGAUUCUCUCUAUAAAGAGUUGGAGAAUCUAUGCCAAGAACACUGAAGUUUUUCCUUGAAUUUUCGCUCAUCUGUGUGAUAAAGUGAGACAGAUCGUUAGCUUCGAGGUGGACAGUAUGAUGGUAUAUGUCUGUCAGUAUUCCACAGGGAUCCUCCUGUUUGUCACUCUGCUGUCAUUUCCCACCUGUAAUGCUGGUGACAUCGUCAAUGCUGCAUCAAUGACACGAAGAGAAUUAAUGUAUUUAAUUUGUGAAUGUUAUCUCACUGAAAAGAGCAUUUGUGGUAAUGUGCUGUAUCACACAAUUAUUUUUGAUUUUAUGUCUCAGUGCCAUAGAGAUCAUGCUGAAAUCAUUCAUGAAUGUUUCCCACCAGUGAAGGUGAAGAUCUUUAUCAACUCUUGUGGUCUCAUCUGAAUGCUGUAUAAAGAGUAUUUUCCAUUUUCACUUCUGGACGUUGCCGUUGUGAAGUUGCUGUGACUGAGUUGACAUCCUGACUUGUUUAACCACUUUCAAUGCAUUGCAGAACAGACGUGACCUGUAAAGCAUGUCGAGCUUGUGGUCAAUGCUGCUGUUUGAAUUUUAACAAUGUAAAAGAAGAAAAAAAAAAGUUUACUUAUUGAAGAGACCAGCAUGAUUUUUGCACAAUUAAAAUACAUACCACUUCACUGUAACUUUGUCUGUUUAGGUCUGUUUAACACAACACUACGGAGCCCCUAAAGUCCCGAAACAUGGUACUUUUUAUCUUGUGAAGGUAAUUUACUACAAAUUUAUAUGCAUCUUAAAGGACUUCAGAUGCACAAAGUCACCAUAUGAUGGAGAGGACACAGCUAAUCGGAGCCCCUGAAGUGGGAGCAUAUCUCUGUUCCUGGGGUCGUAAAGCAUGUUCCC